UCAUUAUGAGCACUAAAGCAAAGCAAUGUUGUUACUCUUUUUAAUCAUAAUAAAAAUCAAAAAAGUAAUUAGAAUAAGGGUAUAGGUAAAGGUGGUUGAGCAAAUUUGAAUGACUAGUUAUAUUUUUCAUCCACAAUAUUGCAAUUAUUAGAUGGAAAAUUUAAAAUAAUGUUUUGAUUAUUAAAUGUUAUUAUUUUUUUAUUUUUUUGUGUUGUGAAGUAAAAAUGUGUUAAUGUAGUUAUUUGGGUGUCUAGCGAAGGAAAAAGGGAUUAUUAUGAUAAGCGGUGGUGUUGUUGGGUAGUGUAACUAGCAAGACUGAUCUUGAGCAAGAGAGAGAGAUGGGUCUGCUGAGCAACAGAGUGGAGCGAAAUGAAAUCAAAGCCGGCGAUCAUAUCUACACUUACCGAGCAGUUUUUGCUUACUCUCACCAUGGUAUCUUUGUUGGCGGAAGCAAGGUGGUCCAUUUUAGGCCUAGGCAAACUGCAAAGUCAAGCUCUGAUACUUCUUCUGGUUUCUAUUCAAGCAUUCCCUCAUGUGAAACCUUUCCCGACUGUGGAUUCAGGCAACCCAAUAGCGGAGUAGUCCUUUCCUGCCUGGACUGCUUUCUUCGAAAUGGAUCCCUUUACUGCUUCGAGUAUGAGGUACCUCCUUCUGUCUUUCUAGCAAAAAUACGCGGAGGCACAUGCACCACUGCAGCGGCUGAUCCACAAGAAGCAGUUAUUCAUCGAGCAAUGUAUCUUCUUCAAAAUGGAUUUGGAAAUUACGACGUAUUUCAGAACAAUUGUGAGGAUUUCGCUAUGUACUGCAAAACAGGUCUUUUGAUAAUGGACAAGCUUGGGGUUGGAAGAAGUGGUCAGGCUUCUUCCAUCGUUGGUGCUCCAUUGGCGGCUCUUUUAUCGUCCCCUCUAAAGCUGCUAAUGCCGAGUCCUGUUGGUGUUGCGACAGUUACAGCCGGGAUGUACUGUAUGAGCCGAUAUGCUACUGAUAUAGGCGUUAGGACUGAUGUGAUCAAGGUCGCUGUGGAAGACUUGGCUGUGAACCUCGGUUGGGCAGAUGGCCCUGAGGAAGUCUACGAGGAUAGUGAGGCUUCACUCCCCUUGAUUACCAUUGAUUAAGUUCAUAACCAUUCAAGCAAAGCUGUUUGCACAUACCCUUUGUUACUGUCAAUUAAUAAGCUCUCACUGUUAGUAAACAAUGCGAAAUUUAUUUCAUUGUUUAGUAUAUUUGCCAUAAGUUAGCAGAA